AACUUCGUCUAUGUGAAAAGAUGGCGACCUGGCGCUGGGUCGGUAUAGGUGUGCGAAACUUUUUACGGAGAUCCUGGUCCAAAACCCCGUCUCUGCACCGCGCAGUUGGCACUACUGCUUUAGGAUCUAUCGUCGGAGGGGGGCUGUUAUUUUUCUAUAAUCACCAUGCACCGACCUGGAAGUUUUUGUCACACACCGUCCACGCAGCAGAGGAAGAGAAGGAGGUUGAGAUCCCCACGCCUAAUAUGUCGCCAAGGCGAAUGCGCUUCAAUCAGUUUGCCUCAUUGAUGUACGAAAUGGAACCUUACAUGACUCCACGAGACUUCCUCUUCUCUGUCCUCCUGGAGGUUGUUGACCGUAAACUACAAAAGAAAGUCUUAACCAAAGAGGAAGUUGACAUAAUGAUGAACACUGCAUCACGGGCUAAGGCUGGAAACAACUUAUUCAGGAACUUUGGUGAUAAUGGCCUGAUCUCCUACACAGAGUACUUGUUUCUGCUGACCAUUAUCACCAAGCCUCACACUGGAUUUCAUAUAGCUUUCAAAAUGCUUGAUAUCGAUGGCAAUGAGCAUGUGGACAAAAAGGAGUUUGCAAAGUUGAAGAAAAUUCUUGCGAAAAGGAAAACGAAGAAUCUUCCUGAAAGUAGCACUGAGAAUGUGACCACUGAGGACACAGAGGAGGUGAGCACCACCCUGCAGGCUUUCUUCUUCGGACGCAAUGGCAAGAAGAAGCUUCAGUACAAAGAAUUCAGCAGAUUUAUGGAGGACUUGCAGGCGGAGGUGCAUGAGAUGGAGUUCCUGCAGUUCUCCAAGGGCAUGGACACCAUGCGCAGGGAGGACUUUGCCGAGUGGCUGCUGCACUACACCAACGAAGAGGAUAACGAGGCCUACUGGGAGAAUAUGAGAAAGAGGAUCCCCACUGGCCAGAGUAUAUCAUUUGCGGAGUUUAAAGCCUUCUGUCUGUUCACCAAUAACCUGGAGGACUUUGCCUUUACGGUUAAGAUGAUCAGUGAAGCUAACCGACCAAUUGGAAUGGCCCAGUUUAAGAGAGCUGUGAAGAUAGCCACAGGCCACGAGCUGUCCGAGAACGUCCUGGACACUGUGUUCAAGAUCUUCGACAUGGACGGAGACAACUGCCUGAGCCACAAGGAGUUCAUCGGUGUGAUGACGGACAGGGUCCUUCGGGGACUGAGGGUCCAGCCCAACCAUGGCCUCUCUGACUACUGGCGUUGUGUGAAGAGGGAGACUCUGAAAGGCGCCCAGGAGGCUCUGGGAGAAACUGGCAGUCCAUUUUGACCGGGACAGAGGACGGGGAUCAGGUGUGCCCUGACUCCAGGUGACCCGGGACUCGCAGGGGUGUGGUCAUGCUAAUCUCUCCGCAUGACAUUAUUCUAAAAGAUGACAAGAAAAGCCAAUCCAUGUCUAGACCUCAAGCAUAAAAGGAAAAGGGAAAUUAGAUGUGUACUGAUUUAAUUAUUAUUGGGAUUUGCUCAAGAUACUGUAUAUAUCCAUGCUUCAUCCUUUCGGGAUGCUAAACAAGAGCCCUGUAAUAAUAAGACCUGUAACACCAUGGUGGAUGCACUGAAAAUAAAAGUAUUGUGUGUGGUUGUGCAGAUAUGUUGAGGCAAGUUCACUGCUUAGCUUCACAGCGAAAGACAAGUCAUCCUCUUCAGAUGAGAUGAGUUAAUGCUGAAUAUACUAUUUUGAGUAAGUGUGUUUACCCUUUAUCGAAUAUUCAAUUUGUUGACCUACAUGUUUGAAGUUGUUGUUUCAGCUUGACCACCGACCAACUUUAGGAAAACAUCAGCCACUAGGCCUAUGACUAUCAAAUUAUGAUAGUUUUUGUUUUUGUUGUUGUUUUGCUUUGGUUUGGUUUGUGCAAUGCACUUCAAAGCUGAAAUUAUUUCUGAGAUACCAAAGAGAGUUAAUGGAUGACCGUUUGACCAAGUUUACAACAAUCCUUUGGCACUUUGUUUUAAGGACUUUGACAAAGCGCUUGUUUUUAAGGUGACCACCGUGUUGCCUACGGACAUGCAGCUAUUGUGACAUCAGUGCCAUCUGUCCCAACUUUCUAGAAACCACUGUCAAAAGACUCCCACUGUUUUCAAGGAUAAUGAUACAGAAUCUAAAUGAACUCUGUUCAUUGUUUUUUGGCUGUUCCUCUACAAAAAUGCUAUCUUACCUGCGUAUGUGAGUUUACAUUUUUCUACUUCUACUGGUGUAUUGGUUUAUGUGAACUUCAACCUGUGGAUGAUCUGUUGACAAAUGUUUUUCUUUGCACUUGAAUUUAUCACAACUUAAGGCAUGUGUGGCUGCUUUUUAACCAGAACCUUUAUAAACUAGAAGCCAUGCCAUUUUAGACAUUAAAAUGUCUAUAUUAUGAGUUAUUUUGUGUGUCUACUACUCACUUUCGUUUAAAAUCAUGCAGAAAUUAAUUUGGUAUGUGUGUUUCGGUUGUCAUAAAUGUGUCAUCAACUGGUUUGGUACAAAUAACAAAUGUAGCAUUAAAAUGCUCUUUAUAACUAUAAA